AUGCAUUACAACCUUCUCUUCCAUGAUCUAAGGGCUCGGACCAGGGCUGCAGAAUCAAGUAAGAACCAGCUAGAGAAUGAGCUAGCAAGGGUCCAGAACCAGCUGAAUCUGGCAUCACAACGCGAGGCAGAUAUAUCAGCCAUAGCCAAUAACCAUGAGCGACAGAUCCAGUUUUUAAGUCAGAGCCAGGAGCAUGUUAGAAGAAGGGUCUAUGAGGUGGCUACUUAUACCGCUCGGGGGUCUAAGGGGAAGGUAGCGAUGGCUAAUAAUGAUGAAAUUGAGUUGGUCAGUGACGACCCUCUGGGUCAAUCGGUUGAGCAAGAGUCGGAGGAAGUAAGAAGAUUGAAACAUCAACCGAUUGAUAUGUAUCAUGCUUGGGUCUCUGGUCAGCCUCCGCCUCAAGGUCCCUCUGAGAGAACUUCCACCUUACCCCAGGCUACUCAACCACUUCUCCCUGCAACGAGCGAUCACAUUCUACCACCAGGGUAUGUGCCAAACUACAGCUUCCAUACCGGCCCUGGUAUCUCUAAUGCGCAGCCUCCUGCCACAUCGGUUAGGAACACACCUCUCGUUCCUGCAACGAGCGAUCACAUUCUACCACCAGGGUAUGUGCCAAACUACAGCUUCCAUACCGGCCCUGGUAUCUCUAAUGCGCAGCCUCCUGCCACAUCGGUUAGGAACACACCUCUCGUUGUGUUUGGUCCGCCUGUGUAUAUAAUCUCCCCACUAAAUAUUGUGACGAGGCCAAACAUCAAGCCACUAUCUUAUGCUUAUGAUGUCCAAUACUACUCUCCAGAUAUGGCUUUUAAGGGUUCGGCUCCACACAAUCAGACCCCGCAGUAUGUGUUACCUGCAGAAAAUGAAAGGGCUGUAAAGACAGGAGAGCCAGACGAGAUGUACAACAUUGAUAUUGUGCCAGAUCGCAAUUCCCUGUCCAAUAUGAAGAAAAAGCCAACUGGAAGCUUCAGGGAGUAUGCCGUUAGGUGGAGAGAGCAAGCAUCUAGAGUUAAACCACCCACGGAUGACCAUGAGUUAAUCAUUGUCUUCCUUCAGGCUCAGGAUCCUGAUUAUUUUCAAAAUAUGAUGGCUGCAAUGGGCAGACCUUUUGCUGAUGUAAUCAAGAUAGGAGAAACGAUCGAGAACGGCCUCAGUACUGGCCGAAUCAUAAGUCAAGCGGCUCUCAAAGCAGCCACCAAAGAAAUCCAGAAUAUGCUGAAUAGCUGUGUUAACCAAAAGAAGAACGAUGAGGAGGCCAUGAUGGCAUCACGGGCAAAAAGAGGCCAAAAAGGAGCAUCUCAACCCUCGGAUCCACGAUACUCAGUUGCCCCACAGUAUGCAACUCGGUCUUAUGCCAAACCAUCCAAGUGCCAACAUAUGCGGGCCCUAACUUUAACAUACCUUCAUUCGCGACAUCAGAACUCUCAAUCACUCUACAACGCUUGUCCAAAACAAGAGUAUGAAAGGGAACAAAAGCGGAGGGACAAUUUCACGCCAAUCGUAGAAUCCUACACAAGUCUGUUUGAAAGGUUGAAACAUUGUGGCAUGAUUGAGCCGCUUCAAGGGUAUAUUCCCAAUCCAGUUGCAAAAGGUUUUAAACCUGUUGUACAGUGCCUAUACCAUUCUAAUGUCCAGGGGCAUAGCACUGAGGAUUGUAGGGCGUUGAAAAAGGAAAUAGAAAUGAUGAUUCAAGAAGGGAUGAUCGUGAUUCAAGAUAAUGGCACCCUAAACGUCAUGAUAAAACACGCAAUGCUUGGAUGA